AUGGCAGGAUGCCUUCCAUCGUUCCGGAAGAAGCGGAAGCCGGAACCUCCUCCCGCCGAGGAUAAGGCGGACAAGGAAGGUGAAGGAGAGAAGAAGGAAGAUCAAGAUGGAGGAGAGAAUGCCGACGCAGACACCAAGCCGGAGAAUGAGGAGAAGAAAAGUGAGGAGGAGCCCGAACCCAGCGCGGCCGUAACGAAGCAGGAGAGCAAGUCUGAUGAGGCAGGGGAGAAGGAGUCAGGUUCCAAAGAAAGUGAUGAAUCCAAGUCUGAGUCUUCAGAAGACGAGGAAAAGUCCGGUGAGGACGGGGAUGAAAGCUCGUCACGUCCGGAGACGCCUGAGAAGCAACCAUCCAAAGCGGCCUCGUCGCGCUCAGCGACUUCUGUGUCGCAUCGCUCUUCUGUGUCUCACGAAUCGAAGCCUUCUGGAAACUCUGACAUCUCAUCCGAGUCCUCGCCAAGUCGCCGGUCAUCCGCGUCUUCCGUCGUUGAGUUGGCGGCGUCGGCGCACGCAGUCGAGGAAAAGCCCAUCGCAAGCCCUCCGCAACCAAACCCUUUGGAAGAACAAGUCAGGGUGCUGACACAGGAGAGAGACGAAGCUGUCAGACUGCACGCGCAAGCGACUGCAGAGCUGGAGGAAAGCCGGCGCGAAAAUGAGACUCUGCGGAAGGAGAUUGAGGAAGAAAAGGAAAAGGUGAAGUCUCUCGAAUCUGAGCUUUCGUCCGCAACAGCGGCUCUUGCGUCUCAGUCGACAAGACCCGACCAUGGUGGAGCCGAAGACGCCAACGUGGACUCAGGGGCCGCGAAAGCCAGCGAGGACGCAGGGGCAGAAACGAAGGCUGCUCCCCCUGCAUCUCCUCUGUGUGUGUCGCGUCUUUCUUCCAAAGCCUCAAGCGCCAGUCCUCCUCCAGAGACCGAGCCCGCAGAGGCUGUCGCGCGGACCUUCUCCUCGGACCCCCUCGCGGUCGCGGCGCUCCCGGCUGCCUCGGUGGCGACAGAGGAAGAGCUGAAAAAGGUCACGGCCGAGAGGGAUUCGCUGGCAAAACAGCUGGAGGAGGCCGCCGUUUUCUACAACUCUCACAUUCAGCGCGUGACAGAUAUCUACAACCGCGUCGUCGCAAGAGCGCAUGCUGCAGAGAAAAAGAAGAACAAAUAUGCAGAGAAGCUUGCAGAGCUGAUGACGGCACGCGCGCUGGGCGCCGAGGUACGCGCUGGGGAGACGCAGCCAGAGCCGGUGCCCGCGCGGGUCGAGACCGGCGAAGUCGAAGCCCUCCGCGUUCAGAAGCAAGAACUGGAAGACCGUGUUGGCGCACUCGUCGACAGGUGUCACUUGCUUCAGCAGGAGCUCGCGAACGCGCAGCGACUCGCAUCUCCUCCCCUAUCGAAGCCCCUGAGUCGGCGGAGCACGAUCCAGCCUGCUCGGCAGAUCUCGAAGCAGGCUUCGUUGAUUCCUUCUUCUCGUAUAGAAUCCGAUUCCGUGGGGCAAUCUCUCGAGCCGUCAGAUCGGGUAUUUUCGAGUAAUUUCGGCGAUGCGAAGUUUCUAACGGAGAGAGUGGAACGGGAACAAGAGCGCGCGGAACGGCAGGGUCCGCGAGAGAGCGUUUUCGAGUACCCGAAGUUGUUGUUCGAAGACGAACCCCCCGCGGAAGCGGAGCAGGCACACGUUUCGACACAGAUAACGCCGAGUUUGCCAGCUCGAAAAGCAUCGGAACACGCGAUUCGAUCUCUGGAGCCGUCAGACCGAGGGCUCUCCAGUGGAUAUGGUAAUGCAAAGUUCCUCACCGAAAGAAUGGAGAGAGAACAGGAGCGUGCAGAAAAGCGGGGGCCGCGGGAGAGCAUGAUGGAGUACCCCAGGCUGCUGUUCUCUCCUGAAGAUGAGUCUGGUGGAAACUCACCGCCGGCGGAGCAGGCGCAACCUUCCAGGCAGACCACACUUGUGCCUGCGUCACGCAAGAGCUCAGAGCUUUUUAUGCGGCCUCUGGAUCCGGCGGACCGAGGGCUGUCUAGUGGCUGCAGCAACGCGUCGUUUCUGAUGGAGCGAUCGGAGCGCGAACAGGAGCGCGCAGAGAGGCAGGGCCUACGUGACAGCGUAGUGGAAUACCCCAAGUUCAUGUUCCACGAAGAGGGAGAACCCGAGAGUGGGACGCAAGCAGGCGGCCCUGCUGCUCGACGCGGAACUUCCCGAGUCACGUUUUCUGUUUUGUCUGGAAGCGGGGGACAGCCCAGCCCUAAGCAGAGCAUUGUCUCGUUGCCGACAAACAUGUUCGGGGACGCAGACGCGAAUCAGAAUAGUCAAUCUCCCGGUAUGCGUCCUGUUUCUGACGAAGGCCAGAAGCGAGCGGUUGAUCUGAGCGCGCUGGACGGGACACUAAGCGACAAAGGCAUUGAAAGCUUCUUAAGCCAGGAAGACAAUGACGAUGACAACAGCAUCCUCAGCAGCUUCUCCCGCGACAUAGGGGCAGGUUCCCCACAGAAAAAAGGCCGAGCGUUUCCCAGCGGCGAAGCGCCCGUUUUAGUAACGGCGCAGUGCUGCGGAAAGCAAGUGAAGAAAACGGAUCUACGGUUGCUGGAGAAAUGCGGAUGUAGUGUGUGCCGGCAUUGCCUGAAGCAGGCAUCGAUUACGGCGAAAGAAGAUAUUCGAAAUUUUAUGGGCAGCGAUCCAAUGAGCGGCGGCCCGCAAUGGAAGAUUCAUUGCCCUAAGUGUUCGCGGCCGCAGAUCGUUUCAUCCACGAAAACUCGAGCUUUCAGUUUCGCUCAUGACUUGAAGUAA